AUGGCCGACGACAAGAAAACCGACGAGAAGGUGGAUCAGUCUUCUAGAUUCGAGCCCACGCCACCGUCGCGACGACCCAGCUCGUCCGCCCCGUCGGCGCUGUCCAACCAUGCGGCCUUGCCGGUGCUGGCCUACUGCGGAUCCUCGAUUAUGAUGACGGUGAUGAAUAAAUAUGUCUUGUCUGGUUUAGAUUUCAAUCUUAAUUUCUUCUUGCUUUUGGUUCAGUCGGUGGUUUGCAUCGUUGCUAUUCAGUCUUGCAAAACGGCUGGUGUCAUUACAUUCCGUGAUUUCAGUUCGGAUGAGGCAAAGAAAUGGUUCCCCAUUACUCUCCUCCUGAUCGGCAUGAUCUUCACCGGCUCGAAAGCGCUUCAGUUCCUGUCGAUUCCCGUAUAUACUAUUUUCAAGAAUCUCACCAUCAUUCUGAUCGCAUACGGAGAGGUUCUUUGGUUCGGUGGCUCGGUGACUGGUCUCACCCUGUUCUCCUUUGGACUCAUGGUGUUCAGCUCGAUCAUUGCUGCCUGGGCCGACAUUCAGCAUGCGCUCCAAACCAGCGUUGACGCGAACUCUCAAGUGUCGACUUUGAACGCUGGGUACAUCUGGAUGUUGGUCAACUGUCUUUGCACGGCUUUCUACGUCUUGGGUAUGCGUAAGCGCAUCAAGUUGACAAACUUUAAAGACUUUGACACUAUGUACUAUAACAAUCUCCUCUCCAUCCCCGUGCUCCUCGUCGCCACCUUGCUCGUUGAAGACUGGUCUACCGAGAACCUCACCCGCAACUUCCCCGUGGACACUAGGUCAAACAUACUGGUUGCCAUGAUUCUCUCUGGCUUGUCGUCGGUGUUUAUCUCUUAUACAUCUGCAUGGUGUGUUCGCGUCACAUCUUCAACCACAUACUCUAUGGUUGGCGCAUUGAACAAACUUCCGAUUGCAGUGUCUGGUCUCGUCUUCUUCGACGCCCCAGUCACCAUCGGAAGUGUUUCGGCCAUUGCCAUCGGCUUCGUUAGUGGUAUUGUCUACACAAUCGCCAAGUUCAAGCAAAACGCCAAGCCCAAGACCGGCAUCUUGCCUACAACGAACGUGCCUGUCAGUGCCAGCAGCCAGAGCAUGCGCGAUUCUCUUCGAUCAUAA